GGUGUUGAGGUUGAUGGAUAACGGGCUGAAUCGGAGGGGGGUUCGGAGCUGCGGGCAUGCGUGUGAUUCCCGCGAAGAGGUCCAGCAGCUACGUUACCUCGGGUGAUGGCACUUUGUCGUUCUUCGGCUUCAAUUGUCCUCGCGGGUACGUAUUCCAAGGCUUUUCUUUUCACCGUUAUCGCGGACGCUGCCGUGGGUGACGUUGUGUUGCUUUUGUGGUUGAGCGUUUUUCACCCCGCUACUCUACCCCUCCACCACACCACUCUUCUCUCCCGAUCACCUGUUGCCAGGACACCGUACAGUGCUACGUUGCUGUAGGCUUUUCUUCUCCCUCAUUCAAUUGAGUCUCUCUCACCUUUUUCCACCUCCUACAUUUUCUCAAGUGAAUCAAGAUGGUGAAAGUCGACCAAAAAGCCGUCCUGAUUGUCAUCGAUGGAUGGGGCAUCGCCAGCGAAUCCUCCCCCAAGGAGGGCGAUGCUAUCCUCAAUGCCGACACGCCUACGAUGGAUGGCUUCAAAGAGGAGGGAUCCACGACCGCCCAGGGCUACACCGAGCUCGAGGCUUCUUCCCUUGCCGUCGGGCUGCCUGAGGGCCUGAUGGGCAACAGCGAGGUCGGCCAUCUCAACAUCGGCGCCGGAAGGGUGGUCUGGCAAGAUGUCGUGCGAAUCGACCAAACAAUCAAGACCAACAAGCUGCGUGAGGUACAGACUAUCAAGGACUCGUUCAACCGCGCGAAGAGCGAGAAUGGACGUCUGCAUUUCCUCGGCUUGGUAUCGGAUGGCGGAGUUCACUCCCACAUCAAUCACCUCAUUGCUCUGAUUAAGGUGGCUAAAGAGAUGGAGGUCCCGGAGGUCUUCAUCCACUUCUUUGGUGACGGAAGAGAUACGGAUCCCAAGUCUGGAGCUGGACAUCUGGAAGACCUGUUGGAAGCAACCAAGGAGAUCGGCCUCGGAGAGAUUGCCACGAUAGUUGGCCGAUACUACAUUAUGGAUCGCGAUAAGAGAUGGGACAGAGUCGAGGUGGGCCUGAAAGGCAUAGUCUCUGGGGAGGGCGAAGAAAGCAGCGACCCUCUAGCAACAAUAAAGGAGAGGUACGAGAAGGGGGAGACGGAUGAGUUCCUGAAACCGAUUAUCGUUGGCGGAAAGGACCGUCGCAUUCAAGACAACGACACCCUCUUCUUUUUCAACUACCGCUCCGACCGCGUCCGAGAAGUCGUCCAACUCAUCGGCGACUUCGACCGCUCUCCCAAGCCCGACUUCCCCUAUCCCAAGAACCUCAGCGUCACCACCAUGACGCAGUACAAUCUGAAGUUCCCUUUCCCGAUCGCCUUCAAGCCACAACACAUGGGCAACGUGCUGGCCGAGUGGCUAGGGAAGCAGGGCGUCAAGCAAUGUCACGUCGCCGAGACGGAGAAAUACGCACACGUCACAUUCUUCUUCAACGGGGGCGUAGAGAAGCAAUUUGAGAACGAAGAACGAGAGAUGAUUGACUCGCCAAAGGUCGCAACAUAUGACCUGCAACCCAAGAUGAGCGCCAUGGCCGUUGCGGAGAAGCUAUGCGAGCGCAUCAGGACGGACAAGUUCGAGUUCCUAAUGAACAAUUUCGCGCCGCCGGACAUGGUUGGCCACACUGGUGUGUUGAAGGCCGCGAUAGAAGGUGUGACGGAGACGGAUAAGGCGAUCGCCAAGGUGUAUGAGCAGUGCAAGGAGAGCGGUUAUGUGCUGUUUGUGACAGCUGAUCACGGAAACGCCGAGGAGAUGCUUAACGAGGAGGGCAAGCCGAAGACGUCACACACGACAAACAAGGUCCCCUUCGUCAUGGCUAACGCACCCGAGGGCUUCACCCUGAAGAAGACGGACGGUGUGCUUGGGGAUGUUGCGCCGACGGUCCUCGCUAUCAUGGGUCUUUCGCAGCCGGAAGAGAUGGAGGGCCACAGCCUUUUGAUCAAGCCAUAGAGCCAUACCUUUGGCUAAACACUGAAGCAUUUCGAGAAGGCCAGGGGUGUUGAGCGUCGAGGAAGGAACCUAGUG